GUUUGCGUCCCAAAAUAUUGUCGGCUGUGGCUAAAUAUCACCUUCGCCAGUGACCGCUGUCAGAGUAGUCCCAGGUCUGACUGACAGAAGAGAAGGGACGGGCUGUUCGACCUAUUGCCGCCGCCACCCCCAGCCAUGGGUCUGCCCUCGUACCUGUGUGCGGCCGGCGCCGUGGCCGUCGGCCUGUACCUGGUGCGCCGGCUUCGCGCGCGCCACUGGGGCCGGUGCACCAGCCAACGCUCGAUGGCCGGCAAGGUGGUGGUGGUGACGGGCGCCAACAGCGGCCUAGGAUGUGAAACGACGCUGCGGCUGGCCGAGCGGGGCGCUGCCGUCGUCAUGGCCUGCCGCGACCUCGACAAGGCGCGCGCCGCCCAGGAGCAGAUCCGCCGCCGGACCGAGCGCGGACAGCUGAUUCCGAUGCACCUAGACCUGGCGGACUUAAACUCGGUCAAGGAGUUCGCGCGCGCCUUCAAGGAGCAGUUCAGCCGGCUGGACGUGCUCAUGAACAACGCGGGCGUGGUGUACCCCGUGGAGGCGCACCAGCGCACCGCGCAGGGAUACGAGAUCCACUUCGGUGUCAACCAUCUGGCCCACUACAUGCUGACCGGACUGCUGUUGGACCGGCUGCAGGCGUCGUCCACCGCGCGCGUGGUCGUGGUCACGUCCUCCCUGUACAAGAAGGGCCGCGUCGACCUGGCGCACAUUGCCAACGGCGAAGACCUGAAGCCCGGCCGUCGGCUCAACCCGGCCUACGCCAACUCGAAGCUCUGCAACGUGCUCUUCGGCCGCCAGCUGGCGCGCCUGCUGGAGGGCAGCGGCGUGCGCGUGUACUCGUGCUGCCCGGGCUGGGUGUACUCGGGCCUGUUUCGGCACUCGUCGCUCUCGUGGGUGGCGCGGGUGGCCGCCCUGCCGGUCGCCUUCCUCUUCAUGCGCACCGUGGCUGAGGGUGUGCAGACGCAGCUGAACUGCGCCGUAUCCGAGCAGCUGGAGCUCGAGUCGGGCCACAUCUACGCCAACUGCAAGCGCGAGGAGUACGCGCCGGUGGCGCUCGACGAGCCGGCCGUGCAGGGCUUGUGGGACCUCAGCGCCCAGCUGACCGGCGUCCGAUUCCACGUCACCGAGCUGGAGCGGGCGCAGAGCGAGGAGUAGCGGGACCGGCAGCGAGAGCGGUGCGGAGCUCGGGGAUGGGCUCGGAGCGGAGAAGUGGGCGGCGUCGGUGAUCGCAGCGGGGGCAGCCCCGGAGGGCAUAGAGGGGAAGAGAGACGCACUGGUGGAUUGAUAUCAAAUGGUACAGAGGACGCAAUAGGAGUAGUGUUGGAGGUGGUACGAAAGGGUCGUUUUUAGUGGCUGGGAAAACCAGGAUAAAAUGAGAGAGAGAGAGAGAGAGCGAGAGCGAGAGCGAGAGCGAGAGCGAGAGCGAGCACGAACGGAAACAUUUGGUUAAGCGCAGCGGUAUUUGGUAGGGCGGCUGGCUGGCCUGUGGUGGAAAUGGCAGGAUAUGAUUGCCUGCGCAGGACGUAGAGCGGCGGGAGGGUCGGUGAUGAUGUCGAAAAAUGAUCUGUGCUGUGUCUGUAGCGUUGGACGGCGUCAGAGUUGCGUUCUGAAGUUCUGUCGUUACGGGCGCUGAGCCUUGCGGACUGGAGUGGACAGGGCAACAUUGGUGGUGUUGGCGUGGGCUUUGUGAAUGUCUGACCGUCCAGGUGGCGCAGUUUUCCGGUGUGAGUCUAAUGACGGCUUCUGAACACUGUUGGUCGCAUCUCGUCAAUAUGGGCAGGCAAGUGUCAGUUUCGGCUCCACAAAUGUGUGAUGUUCGGUACGGUUGUGCGUCCCGCUUGUUAUGGCUGUAUCGCUCGGCUGGCGAACUGAGGCGACUUGUGUACAGUGCUCACUGCACCCAACCGUCGCGCCUGAUGGGUGUGGGUGAACAAGUGUGUCAGCGAGCUGGGGUCAUUUCGUGGAUGGCAAUGCCCAAUAUCAGCGUCCAGCGUCUCCAGGGCACUACUCGAAAGAUGCGUUUGUUUUGACUUUGGGUGCAAUUUCUGCGACCCUCUCCCCUGGCGCCUGGAUAUUCUCCUAACAUGGCAUGUGUGGUUGUGACGACCUUUGGGCGUGCAGUGAUGACCACCCGGCGCCCGGUGUGCAUUAUAUUGUUCUCGGAUCUGUGGCGCGUCCAUGACGGGGUGCCGUUGUGCCGGAAGGCUGGCCGUGCCACCCGCAGGUGCUGGACGGCUUAGCCUGUGGGUGGUGUAGUCUGGGUUGUGUUGCCAGCUGUGUGAAGGCUGUGUGAGGAUGUGGUGUGUGCCAUGCGUAUGGUUAUACGAUAUGUGUUGAUGUAGGUUGGUUUGCGUCGUUCUCCCAUUGCGUAGAGUGACGACUGAUGAGGCCAACCAAACAAUAAAGUUCUUGCUAUACG